AUGUCAAUCUCUGGAGAUUGGGUUAUUCAAAGCAUUCGGAGCCUUCCACUUGGAUGUUCUGAUUGUAUGUUGUUCUCUGUUGGUGACGGAAAACGUGUUGGUGUCUUUGAGCAUGCUGAUGACAUAGUAUCUUUGGUCGUUGUAACGAAAGGUGGUGAAAUCACUGAGUGGUCGUUGACUGAGAAUGACUACAUGGAGACUUCAUCGAACAAAGUCACUGGUUUUCCAGUAAUUUAUGUUGCAUACUGCUGCGGUAAAGAAGUGUUCGUAGUUCCAACUGAAGAGAAUACGUUGUUGGCUCCUAGUAGUUACUUAUGUAAAGCCCAUAUUGAAGGCAAGUUAUUAUUUCGUUUUAUUUUCUCCUUUUCUGAAAAUUUGUGUGUUUUUAUGCUUUUAGGAAUCGGUGAACGGAACAGCGCGAACGUCUUCGUGAGAAUCACGUCCCAGGGCGAUACAGUGGCUGCAGCGUUGGCAAUUGGAAGAGUCUAUAUUUGGUCGGUGUGUCGCAUUCACAUCACACAUACACCAAAUGGUGCAGGGCGACCCAGUAUNCAAUUCGGUGGCCUCUUGUCAGCUGGGGCUGAAGCAGUUCUCUGCAAGUUUACUCUUAGUGGUGCAGGGCGACCCAGUAUGUUACCCCGCCUCGCAGCUCCUGUUCGCGACCUUGCUAUUUCUGAGGAUGCAAGUCUUGUGGCUGUCGUUUUGGAAGACAACUCACUUCACGUGGUGCUCAUUUCAAGUAUGAGCGUGCUGUCUUCUCUACAGACCGUUGUUACGUGUGGACGCUCUCUUACAAAUGUUUUCACAAGUGAUCCCUGUAUGCCUGCGACUGUGGUGAUGAAUGGUAAACCUGGGUCUUUGCAGUGGAUACAAUGCAUCGAUUCGUUUACGCUUUCCCAGGUUGUUAUCUUUCAAUGUGAAUACUUUCUGAAGAGCUCUAGUGGGGUGCAUUUUUUCUUCUUGAUAUUUACUUUGCAGUUAUUUAUUGUUGAGACGAUAUCACCUUGGCAUCCUUUUAGUGAAAGAGUUUUGUGGCUGAAGAUUGUCAAAGCCGGCAUUGAUACACGUUUUUUAGUCAUUAACGUUCGAUUCCUAUUGUUAGUUGUUCAGAGCAGUCGUGAUGACGAGUGUCCCAACUUCUCCAAUUCUUCUUCUCACCAGUCCAAUGAAAUGGUACUUAAUUUUCUUACUAUUUAG